AUGAAAGAUAAUGUAAUAACUUUUGAAUUUUUUAUAAGCUGGCAACAUUUUGCUUUACUUCAGAGCUCAGGGCCUAGCAAAAUUGUCGCGAAAACACGAAGAGGCUUAACACAAAAUUUAGAAAGAUUGGACAGUCGUAAAGAUUAUAACAGAAAGUCUUCAGACUCUGACAAUGGCGAAGUUGUAAGCAUGCCCAAACCAGUUUUUCAUUCCAAUGGCAAAAAGACAGUGCACCAAAGAAUACAGCAUCAUGUGAUUACCCCUCAGCAUGAAGAAAUAAUUAGAUAUAUUAGUGAGACUUGGACACAAACUGCAAAUGGUGAUAGUGAACCAUCAACACCAACAAGUACAAUCGGAUCUGGCAGCUCUUCUCCCGCACCACCUUCAAAUUUAUAUUACCAAGAUGAAGCCCCAAGCCCCGUCCUACACGACUUCAAGCCAUUCGAUCUUGAAACCUGGUACGAAGAGUUAUCUAAAAAGUAUGGAAAUCUACUACAGUCGUACGACGAUAUUUGUAAUACGCUGAAAUAUCAAGAAGAAAAAUUGUUAAAACUAAAAAAACGUAUAAAAGAAAAGUAUGCUGAGGUGGCUGAUAUGAAUAUGACUGUCGUAGCAGUCGGGGAAAAGUAUUUAUCUCUUAAAGAGAAAAAAGAUUCUCAGAAAAUUUGGUAUGAAGAAAAAAUUAAACGGCUCAAGAUCGCUAUACGCGCUAUACUAUACGCCAUAAAGCAAGCGCGUGAUGAAUUGGAC